UACCCCUUUGUGCAUGUUUUCAGAGUUUGUUUAACAUAAUUAAUGAAUAUUAGCUUUUUAAGUUGACAUUAUAUUGAACCCAUAAAGUGGGAUUACACAUCAUUUUAAAUCAUUUUUUUUAAAAAAAAAAUUGACCAAAAUUAAAACGAAUCAAGCGUUAGCACAGUUUUUCUGCCUUUGUAACUGAUCUGGUUAAAUGUGUGUUAUGGGGAAAGGGUCUAUGAGUCAAAAGGGGAAAAAAAAGGUUUGGAUUAAUGAAAAGGCAGCUUUGAUCUUGUACAGUGGGGGAGGGGGUAAACAACCUGAGGCCACCUGCAGCCUCUGAGGCUUUCAUUACAGUCCCUACCACCCUCUUGAAUUGUUUCUUUAAAAAAAAAAUUAGAAUUUUUAAUUACAUGGGGAACAACCAUGUUAACUAUAUUUUUUAAAUGUUAAAUUGAAUAUUUUGAUUUCAUCCUGGCCACCUGUGCUUUGUACUAUAGUCCUCAGCACUUCACACACAUAAAAUCAAAUGGCUUUUGAUACAACCCCCCCCCCCAAGCUGCAUUUCUCUAAUGUAAUGAGUUGUAUAUUUUCAAUUUGCUUAUGCACUAUCCUUUCAAAUUGCAUUUGAAUAGUAGUGUACUGUUAAUGUUAACAUUAAGUACAAUCAUAUAUUAGGAUCCCUAAAUCUGUGAUAAUCAGCUUGCUUACAUACAUACAUACAUACAUACAUACAUACAUAUAUAUUAUCAUAUAUAUAUAUGAUAAAAGGUACAAAAAAGACAUAACAACCUCUCCCCAGAGCAAUUACUCUGUGAUAAAAGAGUAUAAUAUUUGAUGAUUCUUAGCUUAAAAAUGUUUAGGGAGAGCAUUAUAUAUUGGCAGGAUGUGUGUGUUGUGCUUAUUAUUCCAUUUCCUAUUUUUUCUUGUUUCCUGGCAAAGCUGUUUAUAUCUUUUAACAGCAUUGUUGCUGUUAAAAGAGCUUGUUACCUUUGCUCUUGCUCCUUUCAGUAUUUGUGGAGUGUUAGCCAAGUGACAUCAUUUUUCAUAUUAGGAAAUUGGAGUUCUCACCAUUCACAACUAUUCCUAGGCAGUCAAAAUAGGUCUUGAAAUUCCAGUCAAGAAAUGUGGAUAGAAAGAACUGGAAUUCCACAAAUAGACUCUACGGGGGUGGGUAAUUCAGUGGUCCACAAGCGGUCUCCUUUGCACCAAAACCAAAAACCACCAAUAUCCUUGACCAAACUCUCCUCACGGGAUGGACAAAAAUCGAAAAAGCCAGUGUGCAAAUUUGAAGAAGGUCAAGAUGUCCUAGCCAGAUGGUCAGAUGGCUUGUUUUAUCUUGGAACUAUCAAAAAGAUAAACAAACUUAAGCAGAGCUGCUUCGUUAUAUUUGAAGACAGUUCCAAGUCCUGGGUUCUCUGGAAGGACAUACAAACAGGAGCUACUGAAACGGGGGAAAUGGUCUGUACAAUAUGUCAGGAGGAAUAUUCAGAAGCACCCAAUGAAAUGGUUAUAUGUGAUAAGUGUGGUCAAGGUUAUCAUCAACUGUGUCAUACACCAAAUAUCGGUUCUAAUGUGAUAGAUUCGGACGAUAAAUGGCUCUGUCGGCAGUGUGUCUUUGCAACAACAACAAAAAGAGGCGGCGCGCUUAAGAAGGGACCAAAUGCUAAAGCACUGCAGGUCAUGAAGCAAACAUUGCCUUACAAUGUAGCUGACCUUGAAUGGGACGCAGGCCAUAAAACAAAUGCCCAACAGUGUUAUUGCUACUGUGGAGGUCCUGGAGACUGGUAUUUGAAGAUGCUACAGUGCUGCAAAUGUAAGCAGUGGUUCCAUGAGGCUUGUGUGCAGUGCCUACAGAAGCCAAUGCUGUAUGGUGAUAGGUUUUAUACAUUCAUUUGUUCAGUUUGUAGUUCUGGACCAGAAUACCUCAAACGUUUACCCUUGCAGUGGGUAGACAUAGCACAUCUAUGCCUUUACAACCUAAGUGUUAUUCAUAAAAAGAAAUAUUUUGAUUCAGAACUUGAACUCAUGACAUACAUUAAUGAAAAUUGGGAUCGACUCCAUCCCGGUGAACUGGCAGACACACCAAAAUCUGAAAGAUAUGAACAUGUUCUAGAGGCAUUAAAUGAUUAUAAGACCAUGUUUAUGUCUGGGAAGGAAAUAAAGAAGAAGAAACAUUUGUUUGGCUUAAGAAUCCGUGUUCCUCCUUGCCCACCAAAUGCUGCUUUUAAGGCUGAGAAAGAACCUGAGGGAACUUCCCAUGAGUUCAAAAUUAAAGGCAGAAAAUCAUCUAAGGCUGUGCCUGAUCAGAGGGAAGUCACUAAUGGUGUAGAAAGAAAGGGGAAGAAAAAAUCUGUAGGUCGUCCCCCUGGCCCAUAUACUAGAAAAAUGAUUCAAAGAAUGUCUGAGCCAUCUAUUUUGGAAAAAGAACCUGUUAUAGUGCCAGAAUCCCCUGUUUUGGAUUCUCCUAGCACUACUGGAAGAUCUGAUGGAACUGCACAUUCAUCCAAUACCUCAGAUGUGGAAUCCACAGGGGCUGCCAGUACAAAAGAAACUACCUCAAACAGUAUUUCCAAGCAUUACAGUUUAUCUGAUUCUAGAAAAAGGACACGAACAGGAAGAACCUGGCCAUCCACGAUACCCCACUUAAGGAGAAGAGGACGUCUUCCACGAAAAGCACUCCAGAUUCAGAACCCAGAAAUUGUAAAAGAAGAUGAAGGCAAAGAUGACUAUCAAUAUGAUGAACUCAAUACAGAGAUUCUGAAUAAUUUGGCAGAUCAGGAGUUGCAGCUUAAUCAUCUCAAGAACUCUAUUACCAGUUACUUUGGUGCUGCAGGUAGGAUAGCUUGUGGUGAAAAAUACCGUGUUUUGGCACGUCGGGUUACACUUGACGGGAAAGUACAGUAUCUUGUGGAAUGGGAAGGAGCAACUGCUUCCUGACUAUAGUGCUGAAUAUUAUUUCCUGCACUGCCCUUUAUCUAUUUAUAGGCAGAGUUUAUACAUUGGAGUGCAGAAGGGAGCCUAAAUGGAUAUUUGUAAAAAUUAAAAACCAAGUUAGCCUUAACACUUCUUGAACAGAACAAUUUUUUAUCACAUAAGAGGCCUAUUGACUAAAAAAAUAAGGCUAGAUUCUUAAUGUGUUUAAAAUGAGGAUCUAGACUGUGUUGGGUUGGGAAUCUGGGAUUUCAUUUGCUUUAAAAUAUUCACAAGUCAACAAAAGCCUUGUCUCUAGUGUACAUUCCAUGGAUGUUUUUUGUGAGUAGGGACUAUUUUCUGUAGGUAGGACAAAUUUUGAAAAAGAUACUUGAUCUUUUCUUAUCCAGAAGUUUGCAAAAGACUAUUUCUACUUUGACAACCCUAGAUUUUCAUACAGUGCAGUGUAUAUACUUCCUGCUGAGGACUGUAAAAUAUUAAAAUCUUUCAAGCAAAGUGUAUAAAAUAUAUAUUGAGCUUGUAAAUUGCUCUGUGACUAGACUUUGUUGUCUUUUUAAUAUAUUCUUUGCAUGUGUAUAUAUACACAUACGUGUGCAUGUGUAUAUAUGUGUGAUUGUGACCUAUGCAAUAUAAAUUAUGGGAUUGGGCAGCUUUUGACUAUAUAUCCCAUAAUGUCUUUUAUCAGGAAUAGUUGCAGUAUUUACACAGCAGCAUUUCUUCUCAGGCUAUAUUGGGUGCUGUUGUUUGCCACAUAGUAUAGAAUAUGUGUCAAAUGAGUGCUGGGUAUUCUGGCAGUAAGUGCAGUCAUUAAUGUCAUAAUGCUUUUAGAAAAUAAUCCAGGCUGCAGUUCUACACAUGGGAGCCCAGUGAUUUUGGAGUGCCUCUCAGGUUCACAUUAUCCCUCUCCUGCGCAAAUGCCCACUCUUUUUUAAAAAAGAUAUCAAUUACAUGAAACCUGAAACCAAGGCCUAUUAUAAUUGCCUCUAAUUAAAUUAGAUCUAAGUGAAGGGGGAGAGAUUAAAAGUACAUGCUCUAGUUUUUCUUGCUAAAGAUACCUGGAAACAGUGCAGUUACACCAGGCCAAGUUUUUGUCAUUGCAGUUCUCAACUCCUUUACAUUCAACUCAGAAGGAAUUCUAAACAUGUAUAGUAUUGCACUGUACAUGAAGCAGUCUGGUUGUGCAUAACCUUGCAGCAUCAGUUCAUGUUGGCGUGGGGAACCCUAGCUGAUUGAGGCAUAGACUUGAACAUUUGAGCAUGAGCUCUGUAUAAAAAAAAAAUUCUAAUAAUUUGUGACAUGUUGAUUGUAAAAUCAUUUACAAGUUACAAAAGAACAAAGGACUCACAUUAACAAUCCUCUUGGGUGUGAUGAUAAGUAUAGUUGGAAGAAAAGAUUUAAUGACACAGGGUUAAGUAUGUUGCCAUUUAAAGUAACGAUACUGAUUUUAUUACAAAAUUACCUCUUCUGUUAUCAGAAAUGAAUCAAAUGUAAAUGGGUAACUAUUUUACUUGUAAAAUAGCAAGGUUUUUUAAAAAAAUGGGAUUAGGUGGAUUUAGGUAGAUAAAAUCGGCAACUACUAGUGGAGUAAAAUCCACAGUGACUCGUUUACUUUUAUCUUACCAUGUUUC